CCAACAUUUCAGAAGUCACUGUACAGUCAUGAUGCAGGGUAGCUCAUCACCCUCUUGGGAGAAAACUCACUAAAUACCCGAACCUCGCCGAUAUUUCCAGAACGUUCAGAAAUGAUCCGAAUCAACAACACCCAAUACUUCCACUUUCUGCAACAGGCAGAUGUCCUCCGUCAAUCAGGGUCGCUUUGCGAUGCCAUCAUCUCGGUGCAGAGCCAAACGUUUCGGGCGCACCGCUUAGUUCUAGCCUGUGCGAGUAGAGCGCUAGCGCAGCACCUAGCCAAAGGUGACACAGACAGCCCAGCCCAUUGCACAUUGGAGUAUUUCUCUCCCCGCACCUUCCAGCAAGUUCUAGACUUCACCUACACUCAAGCUCUUGAAGUGCCAGUGAAAGACCUGCAGCAGCUGCUAAGAGCCGCCCAGGUCUUAGAAAUGCAGCUACUGGAGGACCAGUGCCAAAAGCAGCUGGACCGUCUCGAAGCCAGAGAGGAUAAAAACGGAGGAGCAGUAGACCUCACAGAGGAAGAUAAAAGUGUAGAAGAGAAAGAUCAAAAGCAAAAAGCUAGACCAGUUCCUGAGAACAAAGUCCAAAAAACAUCCUCCCCGGUAGAAAAGCCUAGAAAUGGCAUCAUCAUGGAAAAUGUUUCAAUCGCUGAUUCUACGGACGUCCCCACCAACCAAAAAUCCCCAAGAAGGAAGGCAAAAUUGUCCCCGACCCGGUGCAACAGAGAUAGUGUCAUUACCAGGCCCAACAGCAGCGGAUCCUCUUUCUCUUCUGCAUGGGCAUUCCCUACAAACAUGUGGGACAAUGGGAAUCACCUGAACACCCUAAUGAGAAUUGCAGGGAACUAUUCUAACUUUUUUGGAUCUCAUCCCCUUCAGUCCCCCAACCAGACCUCUGUGGUAUGCCCAUUCCCCCUCUCUUCUCAACACAUGUUCCCUUUACUUAGUUCCCAUUUUCAAGCUCCCCUUCAAAGCACGGCACUAGGCUACUCACGUUUGCACCCCCAUCCCUACGCUCAAAAUCUGUACACGGAGACUUCGAGGAUGGGCAGCAUGAUCAAGAACGGCAUUUUGAAGAGAAACAAAUUGAGCCACACUAGUCAAACUGUGGAAACAAGUUAUCCCGAAAUGUCGAAAGCGAAAGAAAGAGCUGACAGGUGCCAACACUGCAGUUCAAGACUCCUCUGUGAUCCGUUGCUGCGGGAGUCGGCCGCCACACAAUUAGGUCAAAACUGUGAUGGAUGUCAGUUCUGCGGAAGAGAUGCUGUGCAACACGAAGCGAAUGCUCGAGACCACAGAGGAGAAAAACCCUACCAGUGCAAACACUGUCCAAAGAAGUUUAGCCUCAAGCAUCAGCUCGAUACACAUCACCGCGUUCAUACGGGAGAGAAGCCGUUUGAGUGUCGCCUCUGUGGUCAGCGCUCACGGGACUACUCUGCCAUGAUCAAACACCUCAGGACCCACGGAGGCGCAGCGCCCUACCAGUGCACCGUGUGCCUGGAGUUCUGCAGCAGCCUGGUCGCCAUGCAGAGGCACGUCAAGAGCCACGCUGUGCAGGACUUCCCCCCUGACUGGAGCAUCAAUAACACCUACUUGUACAUCUCCCACAUUUGAGGCCAUCCUCAUGAGCUGUAGCUUCAGUUGGUGAAAUUCCUGUGAGGCUGAUUAAUUUAAGUUGAAUUUACAGUACGGCAGUGACACUCACAGCUAAAGAUCUGCUUAACCCGUACAAAAGUGAAUGCUGAAUAAAAACAUUUCUCUAAUUUGUGAUUCAAGGUCAAACCUGACUUUCAUGGGUGUAAUAUCUAUGCAAAAUGAAACUGUUCUCUAUUUGCAUUUGCAAUAAUCGGAAAUACAGAUGCAGUACUAUUUCCAGUGACAUUAAAGGUUUUGAAAGUGUUUACCAGGCAUUAAAGCCACAUCAGCAUCUAAUCCUCGAUGCAUGACGCAGGAAUCCUCCCUCUGACUUUCAAAAUUAUUAUUGGACUGCUUGCGCAAGCUUUGCAGCUUUUACCUGGGUCCACAGCGCCCUCAAGAGGACACGCAGAGAAAACAAAAAUCAGCAUUUUCUUGUGUUGGGGCUUUAAAUGCCUUGCUUGAAAGAACACAGGAAAUAUCAGAAUCAGCCCUAUUGUCACUGCUCAGUAAAAAUAAAACAGAAAAAUUUAUUUAGUUAAAAUCAUAUCAUAUUCACAUAUGCAUGCUGACCUACAAAUACACUUACCUAUCCAUCCAUGUUACAUCCUCUAGCCAAGCGACUUUUUAAUCCUCAGUUAAGAGACACAACUGUAGUCUACCUGGAGCCUUGGCACUAUUUAUGUUUCUUAAUAUAAAGUACAUAAUUAAUAUAAAGUUAUUUGCCCAUGUGUCUAAUAAAUAACCUCAUUAGUGACGUUCUUUUGUUUUCUGUUAUUGCCAAAUGCAUGGAUAUCAAUUCACUUACUUCACAUCCUUUAGAUUAAAUAGCACUCAGUAGAUUAAAUGCUUUUUACAAAAGCUACACUUGCGGCAUACAACUGAUGUUUUCUCAGUAAUUUAUGUUUGCGAUAUGUAACAUUAUAAGAUGCUUCCUCCAGGGAGCUUUUUGGACAGCUUACAGGCCUGCUACCACUUAUGGAUAAGUGUGGAUUUCAACAGCAUUAUCAUAAUAAGUAUGAAAAAGAAUAUAGUUAAAUGUUUAUUUCUUUCGCCAGCUAAGCAUUUACUAGAUAA